UACAGGAAGUUGGUUCGCGUCUGCACGAGCUUUGACAUCGGUCAUGGAAAAUAUAAAGAUAUAAACGUUAUUAUUACAUUGUGAACAUUUGGCCCGAGAUGAUUCGAAGAUCAAGAAUCAGCGUCAGGCCGAACGUGCGCCCUGGCGGCCGACCAUCAGUGGCUUCCUCCCAGGAUGCAUCCAAGCCGAAUGCCGACCUGUCAUCAUCCCAGGGCUCGGAACAGACCGAACCGGUACCGGUACCAGAACAACAGCCUCUUUCGGCUCCUACACAGGCACCCAGCAAUGACACUCAGAAGCCGGAGCCAGCUAGGCCUGCCCAACCGGAGAGGGUUCCCCAAGGCGAUGUGUCGGUUCCCGAAACUCCGUCGCAGAAACCUGCACAGGAUGAAAGACUGUCCCAGCCCUCUCCCUACACCACGGCCCCCUCAAAUACGGACACUGAACCCCUCUCCCCUCACACAUCCACAUCAUUACCGUCUCAAACCUCCACCACCUCAAUAAAACCCUUCUCCUCAUCCAGGGGUGCUGCAAAGACAGACCCUCUUCCCCCAACCACAACAACAGCAGCUAGCGAGCAGGCAAAGACGGCAGACAAGGCGCCCCCCCUUCGGAGGCCGAAAACUCGACCGAGCUUACCAACCCUUCCUCGACAACCCAGAGCCCGGCCCAAGGAGGAUGCCGCCGCCAAACCGCCUGCUCCGCAACAACAGGACGUACCGCCUUCUGACAACAAAGGGAAUACGGAAACUCAGCUGCCCGAUGUGUUUGAGUCGGGGCCGCCAAAAGAAGCAGCAGCACCGCCACCUGCGGUGACACAACCGUCAGACAACGCAACGCCAUCGCCUACCUCAGACACAUGGAAUCAGCAGGACGCCACUGACCUCCUGAAACAGAAAAAGGAAACCGAGAUCACCGCAGAGAGGUUGAAGCGUAAACUUGCGGUGAUCUCCGCUGCUGAGAAGGGCAAACCCAAGCAGCCUGAGGUCCGAUCGUACGGCCUCAAGGACUCUACGGACCUCAUACGACUCGGGAAAGCAAAGAAGCUGAGGGAACUCCUGAAGCUGGAGAUCUGUAAGGAAAAGAACCAGAAGACGUUGCUGGUGAAGACUAAGCGUAUCCAGUAUGACACGGUGAAGGACCCCAGCAAGAUGACCAUGAGGGAGCUCAUCUACUACCUGCCCAAGACCAACCCCAUGAAAGAGAUCAGCUCGGAGGAGAGGGUCCUCCCCCAGUCCAAACAGCUGACCCAAGAGCCAGCGCCGGAGCCGGAACCGGAGCCGAGGAAUGAGGAGGAGGAGGACGAGGAGGCCGGCCUAUCUGGAGAGGACGUCAGUGAGCCGCUACUGGUGCCCCAGGUCAAGGUGGCCGAGGACGGCACACUCAUCAUCGACGAGCAGAGUUUGACGGUGCAGGUGAAGCGCAUGGAGGGCCCCAACCCCACGGAGGAGCGCGACCCCGUCUUCGAGAGGGGAUCCACCACCACCUACUCCAGCUUCCGCAAGGGCACCUACACCAAACCCUGGUCAAGCCAAGAGACUGAUAUGUUUUUCCUGGCGAUCAGUAUGGUGGGCACAGACUUCUCCAUGAUUGGCUCCAUGUUUCCACAUCGAGCUCGCUCUGAGAUAAAGAACAAGUUCAAGAAAGAAGAGCGGACCAAUGCUUGGAGGGUAGACAAGGCCUUUCGCGAGAGGCGUCGUCUGGAUAUGGAGUUCUUCACGGAGCUGCUGGAUAAGAUCUUGGCCGAGGAGGAACGCAGGAAGAAGAGUAACAAAGGGGGCCAGAAGAGAGAGAGACGGCCCCGAGUGAAAAAGCCAAAGAAGGUUGUGACAGCAGACACCGAGGACUCUGCUGGAGAGGACCUGAUCGACCUGGCGGAGGGCGAGAAGGAGAACGAGGACUGCCUGAGUGACCAGGCCGCCGCCAACCGCAAGACCAUCAAGAAGAAGAGCGGCAGCGAGGCAGCCGACACCCCUCCCAAAAAGAAGACCACCAAGAGGAAGAAAGCGCCUGAAACGGACCCUGAUGGAGGUGCUUCUGUUGAAGUGGAGCUCCAGGAUGAGGAGGGGAGUGGCUUGCCGAUGAAGGAUGCCCAGGCAUCUGACGGCCGCCGCAAGUCGCCGAGAAAGCCUCGCAGCAGCAAGACGGUGGAGAUCUCCUCAGAUGAAGGAGACGGUGGCACGGAGGAAACCGCCAAACCCGCCGCCAAGAAGAAGAGAAAAAAUGAGGCAUCUCCAACUUCAAAAACCAAAAAGAGUAAAAAGGGAGAGUCGGCGGAAGGAAAUGAAGAAUCACCCAGCAGAACUGGCAGAUUAAAACGGAAACGGCCUCAGCCAAAGCUUCCGGCUAAGGAGAGAGGCACGGGGAAGAAAGAUCGCCCCCUCACCCAAUCCAGUGAUGAUAACGCCAAUGUUGACAGCACUGGUAGACAUGGCAAGAAGCAGAAGCGCGGCGGGCUGGUUACUCUGCGAGCGUCUGUGUCUGACGACGACGCUGAAGGCCAGGAUGGAGAGAUGCUGGAUGCUGAGGAAGAGGAGGAUGAGGAGGGGGGUUACCGGGCGACGAGGACGGAGGACAUGAACCAGGUGCCUGCUUUUGUGCCAGUCGGCCUGCGCUCUCCCGUGCCGGUCAUGCCAGAGAUUGAGGAGACCCUGGAAGAGGCGGCCCUGGACUUUGUGCCUUAUGAAAACCUUGAAGAAUCUGCUGCCCAGACACUGCUCGCCAUUGGCAACACGUGCCAUGCGCCACUCAGACCCUGCUCACCUGAAACAGUUGCAGAUGAGGAGCAGACAGGAGGCCUCCACGUCUCUGGCACUGAUGCAGACACACCAAGACCCUCCCAGUCUGGAGACACUGUUGGGCAACAAUUACAUCAGGGAUCCUCUGCCAUUGCCCCAAGUGGCCCUCAGGAGGAGGAGGGUCAGGCCAUUGAGGAGUCCGGUUACACCAUCUCUGAGGAGGCGCUGAAAGAAGAACCUCCAGGAUCCACCGAGGUAGAGGAGGAACCUCCAACGCCGUCCGUUGAUGAAGAAGAUGAUCAGCCAUCUGCCACCGAUGUAGACACUGAAGCGGCAGCCGAUCCUCUGGAGUCCGAAACCUCUUUGUGUGGCAUAUCAUCCAUUGGAGAUCAUCUGGAACAGGGAGCUGCAGACGUGUCUGGUCCUUCAGAUCCCCAGGCAGAGGACCAUCCCGCUGCAGUAGACACUGAGGAUGCUCCUCUAACCUUAUCUGGCAUCUCCCUAAUCGAGGAGCACUUACAGCAGGAGGACGUGAGUCUGUCCCAGCUGACUGAAGCCUUGAGGGAGGAGCCUAUGUACUUGAUGUCAGAUGAACCGACCAAUGAACUGCCUUCGUCUGCUGAUGACCUCGCCACUGAAGGGCCGUCAUCUACAGAAGAAGCCAGUGAAUUUCCUUCAUGCAUUGAUGAGCAGGUCAACGAACUGCUCUCAUGUGCGGAACCAGCCAAUCAGCUGCUCUCAUGUGCGGAACCAGCCAAUCAGCUGCCUUCGUGCAGUGGUGCAGGAAGUGUGGAGGCAGCGGUGGCCAUAGAGGCUGGCAACUCUCUGUGCAGCAUGGCAUCCAUUGCAGAACACUUCACACAGGGAGCUGCCAGUGUCACUCAGCUGUCGGACCCCAACAGUGAUGAGCCCAUAUUCAUUAUAUCCCUGACCGAGAUCUCCCCGUCCUUCAUAGAGUCUCUCCCCACCGACGCCGACCCCCCACUCUCCCACACCCAGCUCCUCAUGUGCGACCCACAGCCCCUCUCCACUCAGCCUCAGGCUCUUGCCUCCACCUCCUCCUCCACCACCUCCUCCUCCUCCACCACCAACACCUUCCCUCUGGCCACCACAGCAGUGGAAUCUCUGGCCCAGGCUGCAGCGGUGGUUCCGGAACCCGUGUCUGCUCCCACGGAACCCUGUCCAAUGACAUCACAAUGGAGCCGAGCAAGAGAUGUGAACACGGGAGGUGUUCAGCAGGCCAAUGUGAAGUCGGAGCGUAGAACUACAAGAACAGAGGAGGACGCGGAGGGAAAUAGUGCCUGGGGCGCUCCGGCUGGUGACGGUGAUACCAGAACAGUAUCUCACGUGGUCUUCACUGAUGCCCUGGUGGCUGUAGAGGCCGCAGGGGGAAAAGAUGGGCAGAGGGAAGAGGUUCCCACCACUGCAGGCUCAAGCUCAGAAAAUGUUGUAGGAUCAGUGCGGCCUGGUGUUUCUGAGCCAACAAAAGAAGAGCCUUCACCAUCCAAGAAAACGGUGACCAGGAGAGCCAAGGUCCAGGUGAAGCCGGCUUUGACAGGGCGUAGAAACGUUUCUCAAAAGGCCUCUGAAGAAACAAAAUCCACACCACCCUCCUCCUCCUCCUCCACCCAAGCCACCAUCAGCAAAGCUUCACCCCAGUCCAGCAGCAUCCAGCCUCCCUCAGUAACUAGCAGUGUGGCGACUCCAGGAGUCCAAGUCCAGUUCAGCAGCAACCAGUUGCCUGCAGCAUCAAGUGCCUUGAUGGGCCGUCGUAAUGUACGUCAAAAAUAUUCAGAAAAAACCUCUCCACCACCACCCUGCUCCUCAACCCAACCCGUCACCAGCAAAACAUCGCCUACAGCAUCACAUCAGCCUUCAUCAACAACUAGUGGAGUGUGUACAGAAGAUGCUCCAGUGGUCCAGACUGGCGACUGGGAAGCUCCUGAUCACUCCAGUACAGUGUCUCACAUGAUCGUCACCGACUUCCUGGUUCCUGUGGAGGAGGAAAUGGAGAAACACGGGGACAAGGAAGAGAUGACCACCACCGCAAGUUCAAGUACCAGAAAUGUGGUUGGAUCAGCCCAGUCUGGUGUAGAUGUGACUGAGGAACAGUCUGCAGCAACCAAAAAAGCAACGACGAGAAGAGCCAAGGUCCAGGUAAAACCUGCUUUGACUGGGCGUCGAAACCUGUCUCAAAAGGCCUCUGAAAAAACAAAAUCCACACCACCCGCCUCCACCUCCGCCUCCACCACCACCCAAGCCACCGUCAGCAAAGUUUCAGUCCAGUUCAGCAGCAACCAGUUGCCUGCAGCAUCAUCUGCCAUGACAGGCAGUCGUAACGUACGUCAAAAAGACUCCGAAAAAACCUCUCCACCACCACCCUGCUCCUCAACCCAACCCUUCACCAGCAAAACAUCGCCUUCAGCAUCACAUCUGCCUUCAUCAACAGCUAGUGGAGUGUGUGCAGAAGAUGCUCCAGUGGUCCGUUAUGAAGCUCCUGAUCACUCCAGUACAGUGUCUCACAUGAUCGUCACCGACUUCCUGGUUCCUGUGGAAGAGGAAACUGCCACUCACUCAAGCACUGAAAAUGUUGUAGGAUCACCGCAGCCUGAUCUUCCUGACCCAACAGAAGAGGAGCCAACACCAGCCAAGAAAGCGGUGACCAGAAGAGCCAAGGUCCAGGUGAAACCUGCUUUGGCGGGCCGUCGAAACGUACCCAAACACACCUCAGAGGAAUCGUCGACACCAUCCACCUCCUCAACGCAGCCCAUGGCCAACACUGCUGCCACUGGAAGUUGGAGCACCAAGCAGAGUGACGGGAGAGCUGCUGCUAAUGUGGAGGAGGACACCAGAGUGUCUCACAUGAUCGUCACGGACUUCCUGGUGCCCGUAGAAGCAGACGUGGAGAAACGUGAAAGUAUAGAAGAGACGAGUGAUGCUGCAAGCUACACUGCAAGUACUGAAAAUGUAUCUGCACAGCCUGAUGUUUCUAGGCCAACAGAAGAAGAAGCUCCACCAUCCAAGAAAGCGGUGACCAGGAGAGCCAAGGUCCAGGUGAAGCCGGCUUUGACUGGGCGUCGAAGCGUGUCUCAAAAGGCCUCUGAAGAAACAAAAUCCACACCACCCUCCUCCUCCACCUCCUCCACCCAAGCCACCGUCAGCAAAGCUUCACCCCAGUCCAGCAGCAUCCAGCCUUCCUCAGUAACUAGCAGUGUGGCGACAGCAGAGACUCCAGUUGGUCGAGUUCAAUCAGUGCCUGAUCGCUCAGUAGCCAGCGAGUGGAGAAGGCCAGUUCAUGAUGACUCCAGUGCAGUGUCUCACAUGAUCGUCACAGACUUCCUGGUUCCCGUUGAAGCAGAAUCAGAGAAACAUGGGGAGAGUGAAAAGAUUCCCGGCACUGCAAUUCCAACCGCAGGAUCAGACCAGUCGGUUGUUUCAGGCCCAACAGAAGAAGAACCUGCACCAGCCAAGAAAACAACAACAACAAGGAGAGCCAAGGUCCAGGUGAAACCAGCUUUAACGGGACAUCGAAAUGUUUCUCAAAAAACUUCAGAAGAAAAACCCUCUACAUCUGCAGCUGUCCAAAGUACUCCAUCGAUAGCUGAAGAUUCUAUAAUCAGUGACCGGAGAUCCUCUGUUGACACUGAGGACAGCGCAACAGUAUCUCACAUGAUUGUCACCGAUUUCCUGGUAACUGUUGAAGCAGACGUGGAGAAACAUGAAAGUAUAAAAGAGGCUCACCCAUCUGCAAGAUCAACUACUGACAAUGUAGUUGUAUCAAUGCAGCCUGGUGUUUCUGGCCCAACAGGAGAGGAGCCAACUCCAGCCAAGAAAACGGUGACCAGAAGAGCCAAGGUCCAGGUGAAGCCUGCUUUAACGGGACGUCAAAAGGUGUCUCAAAAACCUCCAGAAGAACUCUCCACGUCUGCAGCUCUCCAAAGUACUCCAUCGAUAGCUGAAGAUCCCAUUAUCAGUGACUUGACCGCUUCUGUGGAUGUGGAUGACGCAACACCAGUGUCUCACACAAUCCUCUCUGAAGUCCUGGUGCCUGUAGAAGCAGAAAUGAAGAAACGCGUUGAGCCAGAAGAGGCACACUCAUCUGCAAGUUCAAGCACUGAAAAAAUACCAGCCAAGACCGCAGCGACGAGGAGAGCCAAGAUCCAAGUGAAACCUGUUACCGCAGCACGGGGAACGAUAUCGAAAAGUGCCUCAGCAGAGACAUCGCCCUCGUCAUCGUCCGCCUCCACACCCCAACCCGUCGUCACCAUAGUAGCCUCUACGGCGUCCAGCAGCGAGCCGUUACCUUCUACAGCAUCACCUCAACCCCCGUCGACUACUGAUGAUGCGCACGCGGAGGAGGAGGAGACUCCAGCUGUCCGGAGCACUCCGCAAGCACCUCCUCCCAAUCCCCUCAGCAGACCUGGAAGGAAACUCAAGGGCUUCCUGUCCUUCAUGUCCAGCUCCGCCUCCACUACAUCCGGAUCCGGAUCAGGACCAGGUCCAGGUGCCACCAGACCAGCUCAGCCCAGAGCAGCGGCGGUACCGUCCACACGACCCUGCAGCAGACCCAGACCUGCACCUGCACCCGGACCCAGAACCAAGACCGCAGCAUCAUCAUCAUCAUCAUCAUCAUCAUCAUCAUCAUCAGUAGCAGCAACAACAGACGCAUCGAUAUCCAGUAGCUCAUCAUCCCACACAAGCAAUACAGACAGAGUUGUUCCCACAAUGACGUCUACUCGUGACUUUACAGACAGAGUUGUUCCCACAAUGACGUCUACUACUCAUGGCACUACAAAAACUGCUGCUGCUUCAACAUCUACGCAUGGACCUACAAAAACUGCUGUUGCUUCAAUGCUGAGUCGUGACGGUAUAAAAACUGCUGUUCCCUCAACGUCUUCGCAAAGCUCUUCGAAAACUGCUGUUCCUACCACGUCCUCUCACGGCAGCAGAAAAGCCGCUCCAGUCAUCUCCAGUGGCAGCACGACUUCGUCUGUGGAUUGCCCUGACUCCAGAGAGGUCUCCAUCAGUCAACAGUCAGAGGAGCCCACAGGAGUAUCUGCGUUUAUCCUCAGUGACAUCUUCACAGAAGUGGCAGAGGACCCCUGAGCCCACAACUGCAGCGUUCAUGAACAUUCAGGGGGUGUAUACUAAGAACAUGGUUAAGUGGUAAUCCAGCCUUAGUUAACCUACAGGAACUGGUCAUCCAGGCUUAGUUAAAGGGGUAUGCCACUAUUUUGGGGCUUAAUACAGUUAAAAUCGUUGGCUGGGGUUUAUAAAGGUGGUAAAGUGUCUUAUUUUUCAUGUUAAGCGUUGUCUUGCUUUAAGACAAGUGAAAGCCAAUGGAUGCUACAAUGCUACACGGAUCCACUGACUUUCACUAGCUUAGCGACAUAUUCCCUCUUUUAACUUGUCUUAAAGCAAGACAACGCUUAACAUGAAAAAUAAGACACUUUACCACCUUUAUAAACCCCGGCUGACGAUUUUAACUGUAUUAAGCUACAGGAUACAGCAUAAUUUAGUAUUUAAUUAAAUGAGGACGCCAGGCUCUUCUAUUAGAUGAUUUACCUCUACCACAAGACUAACUUAACCCGCUUUACUACUGAACCAGCUUCUUAGUGUACCCCAUGGUGCAGUUCAAGCAGAGGGCGCGUCUGCAAGACUAGAAGCGAUGAGCUACUGAGUUUGAACUCUACACAGGUGACUGUGAUGUCAUGUCAGCAAGUCGGGCUGGAUUCAGUCUAGAGAUGCACCGGAUCCAAGAUCCGGUUCCGGAUCCGGCAGGAUAAUAGGGUUUUUCACAGGAUCCGGAUCCGGUUCCAGGAUCCAGGAUCCGGUAGCCAAGGCUUUUCAGUCAAAAUAGUUUGAGCCAACGUGAUAAAAAGGGCCCACAUGUGCGAGUAGGCUAUGUGUUUCAACCCUUUCGUAGGAUCCGGUAUCCGGUUCUGGAUCUGGCAGGAUCUUAAGCAGUGGAUCCGGUAUCCGGCAGGAUCCUAAAAAUCAGGAUCCGGUGCAUCUCUGGAUUCAGUCAGAGGUGAAGAUCGUCCUGCACCUUUUCCUGGGAUGUGAACAAAGGCUGAUUGUGAUUUUAGAGUGAGGAGUCCGCACACUGAAAAUCCUUUUUUUUUGUUUUUUUUUAUUCCGUGGCAGGAUAGGGUGACAUUUUGACUGUUGUCUUUAUCAGAUGACCUGGUCAAGACAACAGUCAAAACAUCAUCCUGUAAUGCCAUGUAAUAAUAAAAAAAACACAGAGAAAAGGAUUUUAAGCGUGCCAACUCCUCACUCUAACGUCAAGAGGGGCUGGCCCAUCGUGCGGACACUUGAGAAGAGCUGCAGGGCUCUGGUCGGUUUGAGGACAAUUCAUGUUUUCUGUUACCCUUACCUGGAACAAGCACGCCACGAUCCACUGUAAUCGGGUUAUAUAAUAUUAUGUUGUCAGUAUUAAAUAAAUCUUGAGUUUAUCAGUCUGUGUGACUGAGUACCACACCAUGCUACUUUUAGUUUUAGUCUCAUCCCAAUAGUUGUUCAUUGCAACAAUGAAUGAGGCUGGGGGUUAUUCCAAGAACAUGGUUUAAGGAACAGUCCCCCCAUUUUUAAUUUUCACAUAUUUGCUGUAUUUCCAAGCGUUAUUCAUGAAUGUGCAUAUCAUUUUCUUCUCAGUGUUUUCAGUACUUAGAUUAAUAGGAUCAGAAUUAUUAGCAUAUUUUAGCAUAAUCACUGGAAGCAAGCAUCAAGCCACAAGUGAUCACAGGACGGGAUUAAAUAGCUGUUUUGCACUAUGGUGAAUUUUACAUUAAUUUUAAAGUAGUUUAUAAGUACAUUUGAGACUGUUUUGUUUGUUCCCAUAGACUUGUAUUGCUACGAUUAAUUUUGCUAUACUGUUUAAUUAAGCAAUGCAAACACAUAGACAAAAAUGAUAUGCACAUUCAUGAAUAAUGCUCGGAAAUACUGCAAAUAUGUGAAAAUUUUAAAAUGGUGGACUGUUUCUUUAAGCGAUAAGCCUGGCUACCGGUAUGUUAACCUGAAGAGGUAAAUCUUCUAAUAGAUAGCCCAUAUGUGUCCUUUAGUUAGGAAAAUAAGGACUCCAGGCUCUUGUAUUAGAUGAUUUUCCACUACCUCAACUCAAGGCUAACUUAACCUGGAUUACUAUUUAGCCAGGAUCUUGGCGUACUCUCCAGUUGGUCUUUUUUCAACAUCAUUAUGUUGUGUUUGUAUUUGUGUUGGCCAUGUUGUUGGCUGCCUGCAUGGCUACUUGUCUCAGUGGGAUACAUCACACCAGUCUUGAAUAAACAGAUGAAGGUUUAUAUUUCACUGUCAAUUUUUUGUAUUAUUAUUAUUAUUGGAAAUUGUUAUUGUUAUAACAAUGUUAUUUUAAUGUAAAUAAAGUGUUUUUCCUGUUCUUUUGUUUGACAUCCUCUUAAAUUUAAAUAUUAAAUAUUGAAGCUUUGCUAUUUGUGGUAUUAUUUUUUGCUUGUUUGUGAGCUCUGCU